AUGCUGAACGAUCCGGCGGCGCUGUCAUGGGCGGGCGCGUGGGGCAUGAACGUGGUGUCGUCGGUGGGGAUCAUCCUCGUGAACAAGGCCCUCAUGACCUCCUACGGCUUCGCAUUCGCCACGUCCCUCACCGCUCUCCACUUCAUCACCACCGCCGCCGUCGGCAACGCCGCGACCGCCGCCGGCGCGCUCGCGCCGAGCAAGCACGUGCCGGCCCGCACGCUGCUGUGGUUCGCGUGCGUGGCGAGCCUGGCCGUCGUGAGCAUGAACGUGUCCCUCAUGGUCAACUCAGUGGGGUUCUACCAGAUCACCAAACUCUCCAUCAUCCCCGCCUGCUGCCUCUUCGAAGCACUGCUGCACCGCAAGACGUUCUCGCCCGCCGUGAAAGCCGCCGUCGUGGGCGUGAUGAUCGGCGUGGGCAUCUGCACCGUCACUGAUGUCACCGUCAACACCGCCGGGCUGCUCGCCGCGAUCGUCGCCGUGCUCUCCACCACCUUCCAGCAGAUCUUCAUCGGGUCGUUACAGAAGCAGUACAGCGUGGGAUCCUUCGACCUGCUCAGCAAGACGGCGCCGUACCAAGCCGUGCUGCUCGUGAUCUCCGGCCCCACAGUGGACUACCUCCUCACGCGCCGCAGCCUGCUGGCCUUCCACCCGACCCCCGUGUCCGUGGCGUUCAUCGUGCUCUCCUGCGUGCUCGCGCUCUUUGUCAACCUCUCCAUGUACCUCUGCAUCGGAAAGUUCUCCGCGGUUUCAUUCCAGGUGCUGGGGCAUAUGAAGACGCUGUUCGUGCUCGUGCUGGGCUCCGCGCUGUUCCACUCGCCGCUCACCGCCAAGAACCUCAUGGGCAUGGCUGUCGCCGUGCUCGGCAUGCUCGCGUACAGCUGGGCUGUUGAGAGGGAAAAGGCCGCCGCUGCUGCUGGGGCUGCUGUGCUGCCAGUGACAAAGCAGCAGCAGCAGAAGGCGGAGGAGCAGGCGUUGCUAGGACUUGCUCAACUUCCAUUCGGCAUCUCCUCCCCUGCAUCAUCAUUCUCUUCUCCCAUCUUCCAGUGCAGCUCCUGCCCUGCCUGCAUGGCAGUUGCUGCUGGAACCGGACCCCUUCGUGAACGAGCUCACCACCUGUGCCUUUGCGCCACAAGGGCAAUGCCACUGAUGCUGCUGGAGCCGGACCCCUUCCUGAACGAGCUCACCAAGCUGUAUGAGCGCCACAAGGGCGCUGGCACCGUGUGGGUCACCCUCAAGCGCUCCAACCUGCGCAAGAAGCCCAAGGGAGGCGAAAAGAAGGCAGGCGGGGAUGACGUGGAGGAGGACGAGAGCAGCGCUGCGGAGUACCGGUGUGUGGUGAGGGCCACCGAUGGCAAGAGGAAGAUCAGCACCCUGCUGGGACCUCGGGAGCAUGCCAAGUUUCAGGCGGCGUAUGCGCUCGUGCUCAAGGCGCACAUGGACUCCCUUAAGCGCAAGGAGAAGCGCGAGAGGAAGAAGAUGAAACCAUCUGCGCCCGCCUCUUGA